UGUUCGUAAAUGCUCAAGAAUCACUGAAUCUGAAUCACUCAGUGUACUGCUGUUACAGUGACAGCACACACCGAAAACAAAGAACGAAAUAGUAAAAGAACCCGUUUAGGCUAUUUGCUCACUUUCAAAGGUGUUGUUUGUUUUGGCGAAAUUAUCAAUUUAGUAUAGAGAAAAUGGUUCCACUAGUUGUUUUAAGCAUAAUGGCAGCGUUGCUGUCAACCGGAGUUGAAUGCGGUCAAUCAUCGGCAAGUUCAAGCUCAAGCAGCAAUAGCGAUGGCACUGGUCACACAUACACCCACACCGGCAACAAUGGACAAGGAACUUAUACCACUUCACAGCAAAAGCCAGGAGGUGGCAGUUUCACACAAACCGGAAAUUAUCCACACAACCCCAAUCAUCAAUACAACCCUAGUUAUCCAAACAACCCCAGUUAUUAUGGUCCAUCCAAUUUUGGUCAGCCAGGUUUUGGAUUUGGUACAUAUGGUCCAGGCUAUCCUUAUGGUCAAUAUGGUCUUAAUCCACAAUAUUCACCAUUUCCGCAACAAAAUUUUGGAUUUGGUGCUCCAUUCCAACCGUUGCCAUUCCAGCAAGUUCAGCCAAUGCAACCGUUUGCACCAUUCCAACCACUUGCCACACCACAUGAGUACACUCAAUAUUUGAAUGGCCUUCAACAACAAUAUGCUGCAGGAGGAAGUGUUGCACAGUCAACGCCUGGUGCUACGGCUUUUGCCACCUCUUAUCUUGGCCCAACUAAGUACUAUAAACAACAACAAGAUUACUUAAAUGCAUUGAAAAACUCUGCAUACCAACCUGGGUACGCUGGCCCUAAUUAUGCCUAUGCAACUGGCGCAUAUAAUCCAAACACCGGAUAUCAUCAAACAGCCGGUGUUCACCCACCAAACAAAAAUAAGCCAAAUGUGGAAACUCGUUUUGAUUCGGGCGAAAAUCUUGGCGGAAACGUGCCUCCAGCUGGCUACUUUGGUAUACAAACAUCAUCAUUCUCCAGUUCGUCCGAUUUAAAUGGAAUUAAAAAACACAAAGAAGGUGCUUUAACGACUAUCAAUGACAACGGUCAAGUAUCUACUUAUUCAGUAGAGAAUUGAGGCGUUCAACAUUUCAAAUUGUGCGAUGACACACGAAUAUCAACAGAGAACGAUCAGAAACAAAUCUAUUUUCAACAUCAUAGUUUUCUCAUGUUCUUUUUUUAUAUCCCUUUUUUUUAAAAUAGAAUGUUUCAUUCAAUUUAUUUUGAAAGAAUUAAUACACGAAGACUAUUUACUCGGUCAUAAAUUUUAACAAA